AGAAGAAGCAGCAGAAGCUUCCAUGUUAGCAGCUUGUUAGCAUCGUUGUGUUCUGCCGGUUUCAUCUGUAAUUCCAUGGAGAAGAAGAGCCGCUCAUAGUUUCUGAGGCUGGGUGAGAAGAUGUAGCCAAUCAGGUGGGAGAUCUCUGCAGCGCCAGAAGCCUUCAGUUUUCAGAUCCUCAUCCUGACCCGGAGUCCUCUGUCCGUCCGUCGGCCAUGUUGUUUUCUCUGAGGGAGCUGGUCCAGUGGCUGGGCUUCGCCACCUUCGAACUCUUCCUCCACCUGCUGGCGCUGCUGCUCUUUAGCAUGCUGGUGGCUCUGCGGGUGGACCUGCUGAGCGACCGGCUCAGCUGGUGGCUGGUGUUCGUGCCGCUGUUCGCCGCCGACGGCCUCAGCACCUACUUCACGGCCAUCGUGUCGAUCCGGCUGUACCAGGAGAACGAGAAGCGGCUGGCGGUGCUGCGGCUGCUCUGGGUGUUGACGGUGCUGAGCCUGAAGCUGGUCUGCGAAGUUCUGCUGUGCCAGAAGCUGGCCGAGCAGGACCGAGCCCGAGACUUGUGGUUCGGCCUCAUCGUGUCGCCGCUCUUCAUCCUGCUGCAGCUGCUGAUGAUCCGGGCCUGCCGGGUCAACUGAGGGCAGAGCGGCGCCGCGAGAGAUUCACCGCGCCGCAGGAGGGCCGACAGAGGGAAGAAAGAAAGAGAAGGAGGAGGUUUCAGAGAAAAACCAAAAAUCUGAAAUUCUGAGAUUAAUUUCAGAAUUUAUUUUGAGAAUUUCUUUUUCAACAGAAAUUUUCAAAUAUUUGCUGAAAAAUUAGUGAGAAAUAACUAAAAUUCUGAGAUUCUCAUAAAUUUUCUGAAAAAGUACUCUAUUUUUGAGUUUGAGAAGUUGAAAAUUUCAAACAUUUUAUACAACAAAUUUGAAAAUUUUCGUGAAAAAACUCAGAAAUAAGAAAUGAAUCUACAAUUAUCCAACAAUUUCUGAUUUUGGAAAGUAACACAAAUGUAAAAAAAAUAAAAAAUAAAAAAUUCAGAUAUUCAGAAAUAAAAAAAACCCUCAAAGAUCUCUGUGUUAAAUUUUGAGAAAGAACUCAGAAAUUGAGAUUAAUAUUCAAAAACAAAUUAAGAGAAAUAACAAAAAAAAUUCCAAGAAAAAACCGCAAAAGUGAGUUUUUCUCUGAGGUCUUCUGCUCUUUAUCUUUUAUGUGUUUUCUCUGAUGCGCCAGAGAUUUAUGGAUAUAAUUGAUGUUUUUUUUUUUUUUUUGACAUUUUGUGAAGUUGUUCAUGUUUUGAGUCAGAGAAGAAGAAAACCAUCAAUCAGAGGACAGAAACUCUGACUUAACUGUGCAAAGGUCUUGAGUCAUUCCUCAUUUCUUUACAUUUCUGUUCCAUGCAGCCAAACAUUUGUGUUCAAUAUACUGAGAUUAAUUUCUUUUAUCCCCAUUUAUGUCUUAUUGAAAUGUUAAACAAUGUAACAAGUUGAAAUAUCAGUACAUUUUGGAACUGAAGAUAUGAGAAGAAUCUUCUUUUCAUAUCUUCUUUCAUUUGUUUCAAUUUUAGAAACAAAAUAGAAAUCUAAAAUAUUAAAAACAUACAUAAUGCAGCAGACUUAGAACAUUUUAAAUAGAAAAUAACUCAGAAGUAUGACAAAUUAGAGCAUUUUGAACAGAGUUUGGCUCAUUUUACAGUUAAAUUUAGAGAAAUCUGAAUACUUCAAGACUGUUGCACAACACUGUCUCUUUAAAUCUGUCAGGAAUAAGUAAAGUUGAUCAAAAGGAACUUUAUUUUCUCCACAGGAAGUCACCGUUCUGCAGCUAACGGGUCAUAAAUCACCAAACUCUGUGUCUCCUCCAUGCUGUGGCCUCGCUCAGCCCGACGUUUCUCUGUAAAUGUUCUGCAUGUAUUUAUGGGAUCCUUUAAUUUAAAACGAUGUAAAAUUCAGUGUAAAAUAAUAUAUAUAUAUGUUGAAUUUUUAAGGAAAAAUCCACGUUUAUAUUUAUGUUCCUCUGGUUUUUGCUGCACUACACAUUGGUUAUUUUGUAUAGAUUCUGUAAAUAAAAAACCUUUAAAAAGAAAAUCAACAGUUGACGUAAUGGUGUACAGACAGUAUUUGGCCACAAGGAGGCGCCACUCACCCAGACAGCUUCAGAU